AUGAAGGCUGUUCGAAACCUGUUGAUUUAUAUAUUUUCCACCUAUCUUCUGGUUAUGUUUGGAUUAACUGGUGCCCAAGAUUAUUGGUGUUCCACUCUGGUCAAGGGGGUCAUUUAUGGAUCGUAUUCGGUGACUGAAAUGUUUCCGAAGAACUAUACAAACUGUACAUGGACGCUGGAGAACCCAGACCCAACCAAAUACAGCAUCUACCUGAAGCUAUACAAACGAGACUUGAGCUGCUCUGAGUAUUCUUUGCUUGCUUAUCAGUUUGAUCAUUACUCGCACGAAAAGAUCAACGAGUUGCUGAAAGUCAACGAGUCUAUAGUGUACCUGUGCGAUUCGAAGAAUAUUUAUGUAUUUUUGCUGUAUGACAAGAAUUUCGUCCAACUACGGAGAGUUUUCCCUUACGACUAUAACGGAUUGACGCCACAGAAGCUGGAUGAGGAGGAGAAGUCCAUUGUGGAGUUUCUGGUGUUGAAUAAGGCAAGCCCCAGCCAGUUUGGGUGUCAAGUGCUCUGUACGUGGCUGGAAAACUGCCUGAAAUUAGAGAAAGGGACAGUGGAGACGUGUGGGAUCGUGUACACAAAAUGCACAUGUCCUCAGCAUUUAGGCGAUGGAGAAUCAGAGAGUAUGCUCAUGCUCAACAACGUGGUUUUACCUUUAAAUCCACAAACGGAGGGUUGCUUGUCACCCCAACUACAAGCUGGGCAGGUCUGCAACCUGAGUGCAGAAGUGAAACGGCCUCCUAAAGAAGAAUAUGGAAUGAUCGGAGAGCAUACAGUAAAAAGUCAGCGGCCAAGAUCAGUUCAUGACACAAAGGCCCUGCAGGAGCAAGCUGAAUCUGCUAAAUUUAUGGCACAAACUGGUGAAUCAGGUGCAGAGGAGUGGUCCCAGUGGAGCUCAUGCUCUGUAACAUGCGGUCAAGGGUCGCAGGUGCGAACAAGAACAUGUGUCUCACCAUACGGAACACACUGCAGCGGCCCUUUAAGAGAAUCAAGGGUUUGCAAUAACACUGCCCCUUGUCCAGUACACGGUGUAUGGGAGGAGUGGUCACCGUGGAGCCUGUGCUCAUUCACGUGUGGCCGAGGUCACCGCACUAGGACUAGGAUGUGUGCCCCUCCCCAGCAUGGAGGCAGGGCCUGUGAUGGACCUGAGACCCAGACUAAGCUUUGCAACAUAGCCCUAUGCCCAGUGGACGGACAGUGGCAGGAGUGGAGCUCUUGGAGCGAUUGCUCGGUGACCUGUGCCAAUGGCACUCAGCAGAGGACCAGGCAGUGCUCAGCGGCCGCCCAUGGGGGAUCUGAGUGUCGCGGUCACUGGGCAGAAAGCAGAGAGUGCCAUAAUCCUGACUGCACAGCUAACGGCCAGUGGAAUCCUUGGGGCCCGUGGAGCGGCUGCUCUAAGUCCUGCGACGGCGGGUGGCAGAGGCGAGCCCGGGUGUGUCAGGGGGCAGCGGUGACCGGGCAGCAGUGCGACGGCACCGGAGAAGAAGUCAGAAAGUGCAGCGACCAACGCUGUCCAGCACCGUAUGAGAUUUGUCCUGAGGACUAUGCGGUGUCAAUGGUGUGGAGACGGACGCCUUCGGGAGAGCUGGCCUUUAAUAGAUGCCCACCCAACGCCACAGGCACCACUAGUCGACGCUGCUCUUUGGAUCACCGUGGUAUGGCCUUCUGGGAGCAGCCCAGCUAUGCUCGAUGCAUAACAAACGAAUUCAGAUACUUGCAGCAAUCAGUUCAGGGGCACCUUGCUAAGGGCCAGAGGAUGCUGGCGGGGGAUGGGAUGUCCCAGGUCACGAAAAACCUGCUGGACCUCACCCAGAGGAGGAACUUUUACGCUGGUGACCUGCUGUCCUCUGUGGAGAUCCUUCGCAAUGUGACAGAGACCUUCAAGAGAGCCAGCUAUGAGCCAUCUUCAGAUGAUGUGCAAAACUUCUUUCAAAUCAUCAGUAACCUCUUGGAGGAGGAAAAUAAGGAGAAAUGGGAAGAUGCACAAAAGAUCUAUCCUGGAGCAGUGGAGCUCAUGCAGGUCAUAGAGGAAUUCAUCCACAUCGUGGGAUUGGGCAUGAAGGAUUUCCACAAUGCCUAUUUGAUGACUGGGAACUUGGUGGCCAGCAUCCAGAGACUUCCUGCAGUGUCUGUGAUGACUGACAUCAACUUCCCCAUGAAGGGUCGUAAAGGCAUGGUUGACUGGGCCAGGAACUCUGAAGAUAAAGUGGUCAUCCCAAAGGGCCUCUUUGUUUCCCAGUCAGCAGAUAUGGAAGGCUCGCCUGUCUUCAUUUUGGGAACAGUUCUCUACAAGACUCUUGGACUCAUGCUACCUUCACCAAAGAACGACACAGUUGUGAACUCAAAGGUCAUUGCUGUGACUGUGAGACCUGAGCCCAAGGCGACGGAGUCCCACCUGGAGAUUGAACUGGCUCACCUGGCAAACGGAACAAUGAACCCUUACUGUGCACUGUGGGACAGCACCAUAAUGAACGAUUCUUGGGGAGCCUGGUCCACAAAAGGAUGUAAAACGGUGCUUACAGAUGCAUCCCAUACAAAGUGCUUAUGUGAUCGUGUAUCUACCUUCGCCAUUUUGGCUCAGCAACCAAGAGAAAUAACCAUGGAGUACUCAGGGGUCCCAUCUGUGACACUGAUAGUUGGCUGUGGUCUGUCUUGCCUCGCCCUGAUCACGUUGGCAGUGAUCUAUGCCGUGCUUUGGAGAUAUAUUCGCUCUGAACGAUCCAUCAUCCUGCUCAACUUCUGCUUAUCUAUAAUCUGCUCAAACAUAUUGAUCCUUGUUGGACAAACGCAGACCCACAAUGCGGGCGUCUGCAUCAUGACGACAGCCUUUCUGCACUUCUUCUUCCUGGCAUCGUUCUGCUGGGUCCUCACAGAGGCCUGGCAGUCCUACAUGGCGGUGACAGGAAAGGUUCGCACCAGGCUCAUCCGCAAGCGCUUUCUGUGUCUCGGCUGGGGAUUACCAGCUUUAGUGGUCGCCGUUUCAAUGGGAUUCACCAAAACAAAGGGCUAUGGGACUCCAUUAUACUGUUGGCUGUCUUUGGAGGGUGGGCUCCUAUAUGCCUUUGUUGGACCUGCAGCUGCUGUUGUUCUGGUCAACAUGGUGAUCGGGAUCUUGGUGUUUAAUAAACUAGUGUCCAGAGACGGCAUACUGGACAAGAAGCUGAAGCACCGAGCAGGACAGAUGAGUGAGCCGCAUACAGGAUUAACUCUCAAGUGUGCCAAAUGUGGUGUUGUAUCAACAACUGCUUUAUCAGCAACUACAGCUAGCAAUGCAAUGGCGUCCCUGUGGAGUUCCUGUGUCGUCCUACCUCUGCUGGCUUUGACCUGGAUGUCUGCAGUGCUCGCCAUGACAGACAAGCGCUCCAUCCUCUUUCAGAUCCUCUUUGCGGUCUUUGACUCGCUGCAGGGUUUUGUCAUUGUGAUGGUGCACUGUAUCCUACGGAGAGAGGUCCAAGAUGCUUUCAGAUGCCGGCUCAGAAACUGCCAAGACCCAAUCAGCGGCGAUGCAACAGGAACCUUCCCUAAUGGGCAUGCUCAGAUAAUGACGGACUUUGAGAAAGAUGUGGACAUCGCCUGCCGAUCAGCACUCCACAAAGACAUGGGCUCUUGUCGCGCCGCCACCAUAACAGGCACCCUCUCCCGCAUUUCCCUCAAUGAUGAGGAGGAUGAGAAGGCCCCUGAGGGCCUCAACUACUCCACGUUGCCUGGCAACAUCAUCUCCAAAGUGAUUAUCCAGCAGCCUUCAGCUCUGCACAUGCCAAUGGGAGUGGGUGACCUUAAGGAGCAGUGCAUGGCAGACAGCAACGCUGACAUGCGCCGCACUGUUUACCUGUGCACCGACGACGCCAUGCGCCAGAGCGACCAUGACAUGGUCGGCCAUGACAUGGAGGGCCACCCGGCUCAGGGCCAGAUGAUGGAGACAGACUACAUAGUCAUGCCUCGCGCCUCUGCAGCAGCGGUGUCAGGGUCGUGUAACACGUCCACCCUCCUGAAAGAGGACACCAAGAUGAACAUCACUAUGGAUACGCUGCCACACGAGAGGCUGAUGCAUUACAAGAUGAGUCCUGAUUUCAAUAUCAGCCCGUCGGGCAUGGACCACAUGAAUGUGAACCUGGAGCAGCAGUAUCCUAGCGCUCCAGAGCAGAUGCAAAACCUGCCCUUUGAACCUCGCACGGCUGUUAAGAACUUCCUCGCUGAGAUGGAGGAAUCUGCUGGGCUUUCUAGGAGUGAGACAGGGUCUACAAUAUCUAUGAGCUCCUUAGAGAGACGAAAGUCACGAUAUUCUGAUCUGGACUUCGAGAAAGUCAUGCACACCAGGAAAAGACACAUGGAGCUGUUCCAGGAACUGAAUCAGAAAUUUCAAACCCUGGACCGAUUUCGAGACAUACCAAAUAUGGGCAGCAUGGACAAGGCAAUGCCAAACAAGAACCCAUGGGAGAGCUACAAUCCAGCCUGUGAGUACCAGAAUUACGCCACUAUGAAUGUACUAGAAUCUGAAACCAAGGACUCACUGGAGAUGACGCCUGCAGAGUGGGAAAAGUGUGUCAACUUACCCUUAGACGUCCAGGAGGGAGACUUCCAAACAGAGGUCUAGAGGGUGAAGAAGGAGGAAAUGCAAACUAGGGAAGGAGGAGAUGGGGAUGUAUUUUGCACUGAAUAAAGCAACAGACUUUUCUAACAGCCUUGGCAUACAUAUCUGGAUAAUACGAGUGUGGCAGGGACAAUAUGUGCCAAUACAAUAUAAGGACUGAGGAGAGAGAAAAAAGAAAAAAAGGGAAA